GAAGAGCGGUCCAGGGAUUCCAACAUUUAGUUGGUUUCCAAAUGAGCAGCUUCAGCAUCCCUUGGGACCUCGUUAGGAAUGCAAAUGCUCAGGUCCCACUCCAGAUUCCUGAUUAAGGGUUGAGUUUAGCACUGUUUUAACAAGACUUCCAGGUGGUCAUGGUACAGUUUGAGAACCACUGGUUUAGAGGCUGCGGUUACUUUAUAUCAUCUCUGUUCCCGCCACAAUGGGCGGACUGAUAAUGGGCGCAGAAAGGAAGCGAUGGGGCGGCCUCUCCUCCCGAGGAAGCACCGCUGCGGCGGCCUCCCCUCCCGAGGGAGCACUGCCGGUAGAGAGGGAAUCCAGGGUAGGUCGGGGGUGGCGCCCUUGGCUCGUCACAGUUGCGGGGCAGUGAACGUCCUCUGCGAGGCGGGAGUUAGUGCGGCCGAAUACAUAUUCUGAGCGGGGGCCCAGCGUCCGCAUCCAAGAAGGAGGGCCUAACACACUUGGAAGGGUUUCUCAGGGGCCUAACUCUCUCGGCGACCCAAUAAGUGCGCGACUUCGGUACAGUGCCGGCCCGGAGUGGGGAGGUUCGCCUGGCCAACAUCCCGCAGAGUCCUCUGGGAAGCGGCCACCGGUGACGUAGGCCGCGCCCCGCGGAGGAUUCUGGGAGUCGUAGUUCAGCCUCGAGAUCGGGCCGGCUCAACUUGGCCCGGCCGGCUCUUAGAUGCCUUUGUUGCUAGGCCGGGGCUGCUUCUGCGUGGUGCGGGAGGUCGAACCUGGGGUCGAGGAGGCCUAAGCGCGGGUCCUUCCAAGUCUGAGUGGACGGAAGGAGGGCGGUGGGAGGGCCCCGGGGUGGCGCCAGGCUGCCCUGCGAGGGUCGCGCGCGCGUUCCCGGGCCUCUGAGUGCACCAGAGCGGCGGACCCCCGGGGUCCCUCGCGCGUUCGCUGCGCCCUUCUUCCGCGGCCGUCGUCGCCUGCGCGGGCCAGGGGAGGGAGUCUCCAUGGAGCCUGGGGGCAGAGGUGACAAGUAGCUGUGUAUGGAAGUUUCUGCAAGUUUACUGCAAGGCAAGAGUAAUCGUCAUGGCUCCUAUCUCCACUUGUAGGGUCGCUUUCUGAGGACUCAGACCUUCCCGGUGGUGAAAACCCUAAAGAAAAUGGCAUGAUCACUGUGUUGCUGACCGCUGCAUCCCAGGAGUCAUUGGUAAUCAGGGAUAUGGCCGAGGCUCUCACCCAGUGGAAGCAGCUGAACCCUCCUCAGGGAGAUGUGCCUGAGAAGCACAGGAAUCUGGUCUUGCUGGGGCUUCCAAUUUCCAAGCCUGAUGCGAUCUCUCCUUUGGAGUGCGGAAAGGAGCUGGAGAGAGAAGUCUCAAAAGCAGCUCUUUCAGACUGGGAGACAAGACCAGAGAGUAAGGACCUAACUCCAGAGCAGGAUAUUUCUGAAGAAGAAUCAGCUCCCGGGGUGUUAAUAGCAAGAUUUCCAAAGGAAAGUUCCAGUGAAUACGAGGAUUCUUCAGAGAGUCAGCAGGAAAACCAUGAGAAACAUUUAAUACAGGAGGUUGUCACUCAGAAGAAAUCUUCUGGGGAGAGAAGUUACCAGUGUCAUGAAUUUGGGAGAAGUUUUAGUCGAAGGUCAUUACUUGUUCAACAGCAAGGAGAGAGACUACAUAACUGUGAUUCAUUUAAAAAGAACUUAAAACAAAAUUCAGAUCUAAUGAGGCACGAGAAAGUUUGUGCAGAAAAGAAACCUUGGAAGUGUAAUGAGUGUGAGAAAGCCUUUAGUUACUACUCAGCUUUUGUCUUGCAUCAGAGAAUUCACACAGGAGAAAAACCCUAUGAAUGUAAUGAAUGUGGUAAAGCUUUUAGCCAGAGUAUACAUCUUACUCUACACCAGAGAAUUCAUACUGGAGAGAAACCCUACGAGUGUCACGAAUGUGGGAAAGCCUUCAGUCACCGCUCUGCCCUUAUUCGGCAUCAUAUAAUUCAUACUGGAGAGAAACCCUAUGAAUGCAAUGAAUGUGGGAAGGCCUUUAAUCAGAGCUCAUACCUCACUCAACAUCAGCGAAUUCAUACUGGAGAGAAACCUUAUGAGUGUAAUGAAUGUGGGAAGGCCUUUAGCCAAAGCACAUUCCUUACCCAGCAUCAGGUCAUUCACACUGGAGAGAAACCCUAUAAGUGUAAUGAAUGUGGGAAAGCCUUUAGCGAUCGAUCAGGCCUUAUUCAGCACCAGAGAACUCAUACUGGGGAGAGGCCUUAUGAGUGUAAUGAGUGUGGGAAAGCCUUUGGCUACUGUUCAGCCCUGACUCAACACCAGAGAACUCACACUGGGGAGAAACCCUAUAAAUGCAAUGAUUGUGCCAAAGCCUUCAGUGACCGCUCAGCCCUCAUUCGUCAUCAGAGAACACACACUGGAGAGAAACCUUACAAGUGUAAGGACUGUGGAAAAGCUUUCAGCCAGAGCUCAUCUCUUACAAAGCAUCAGAAAACUCACACUGGAGAAAAACCCUAUAAGUGUAAGGAAUGUGGAAAAGCUUUCAGCCAGAGUUCAUCCCUUUCUCAACAUCAGAAAACUCAUGCUGGAGGGAAAACCAAAGAAUACGGAAAAGCCUUUAGUGAGCAUUCAGCCUUUGGCCAGCAAAAGAGAAUUCAUACUGGAUAAAGACUAUGUAAAUGUGGUACAUUUGGAAGAUUUUUAUUGAACAUUUACUAAACGUGGUGUGAGCACUACAAAGGAGUUUAAGAAUGUGUUACAAACAAGAUAUUAAUUGAGAAGUCAUUGUUGACACGGGACAUAGCUUACUUAGAAUGUGAAGGAGGAGUUUUACAUUUUUUUCAGUGCAACAGAGGACUUUGAAUUUCCCUGGGGAAAGAGGAAGAUUAUUUCCAGCACCCUAAUGUGUAUGUAAGCUUCCAAAUCCUUGAGAGAGAAACAGGGUGUGCGAUGCUGGAAAGAAGACAUCUUGUCUGGGCUGGGUCGUCUCUUAAUGCUAAGGAGAUGGAGUUUUAAAGAGAUGAGUGGUUCUUUAGGGAAGUUGCAGAGGCAGAAAUAAGAGAUUGAGAAUUCACAAUGAGUUUGUCCAGGGUUGAGAGUGGAGGUGAAAGGGAAGUUGUCCUUAGGCUCAAGUACAAGGGCACUUAGGAGGUAGAUGGGAAGGAGAGAGAAAGAGAACCCGGGGAAUGAACUCAAGAAAUGUUGAUUGAGAUAACUGCUCAAACGAGUGCUCCCAACUGGGGAAAUAUUCAUCAGUUGGUCAGUUGCAGUUUCUACCCUGAAGCCAAGGAACACUGGCCUGGCAGUCUGCUUCUGCACUUUCUGUCUUUGAGAUCUUGCUUGUUGAUUUGCUGCCUGCUAAGAAUCGCGUUAACUCCAAGGGUCAAGACUGACAGCCUAGAAAGUACAGCAGGGACCUUUGAUGUUUUCAGUCUAUUUUAAGCUACCUAUUUUAAGCUAAGUUCCCUGAGAAUGUGCUUAUUUAUAAAGAUGUUACCUCAAUUGUCUGUAGUUAGUACUUUAGGCUUAUUCAUACCAUAGUAAAAUUUAAUUGUAGACCUGAACUGACACUGCGUAUUGGAUUGUGAAAGACUUGAAAAGAGUCCAAAAUACUUCCUUUCACCAUUUUACUCUUGCGUAGAAGCAGACGAUGUCUUUGCAUGUAUAUUUUUUUCAUUGAAACUUCAAAGGUUGUCAUUGCACA